AAUUUAUUAUAUCAAUAAAUUCUUAAACACAUCCGAAAUUACUAAAACAAUAAUUUCGCGACGCGUGGCCGAGCAUUAUGAAACGGAAAGAAACUGGGUCAAAACCAACUCAAAUCUUUCACAAUGGCGGAGAAUUUUGAAAGGGCUGCCAAUGCUCGCAAGAAGAAACUCCCUUCCAUGGAUUGUCUUAUUAGGCAAGGUAAUGAUAUUUUAGAAAAGCGAAAAAAGAGAAGAAAGCCUAUUCAUUAUGAGUAUAGCACGGAUCCAAAAACUGGCCAACGGAGUUGCAAAAAUACUUACAAUCCAAAGUAUUAUAAUCGCGAUGAUACCGCCUCUAGUUCAAGAUCAAAAAACUUAGAGGAACACAGCGAUAAUAUUUUCCAAGAACAAGAACCACCAGAAGUAAGUUUAUUGGAUCGUGAAUCAGAUAUGGAUGUAACGACAAAACGCUGUAGAGGGUAUGGAUCUAAUAUAAAUAUGUACAUUACAACAGCUAAAAAUGCUGUGAAGUUUUUAUCCGCUUUGUUGACAUUUUGA